GAGCUCGGCAACGUCCUGUCUGCAGCCAUUCUACGAAUAUAUAGGCCGAUUCGGCUGUGGGUUCCAGCCACCCAAGCCAUAUGCAUCUCCCUACGCCACCACUCCUUGGUACGACGAACGAGAAUGCACUUCGCGCGCUCCUGCCGCGCGAACAAGUCGGUUGAGUGAUCCAGAAUGUUUCCAGGUCCCGCAAAUCCCUGUAUGCUAACAGGUACUGUGGAUUUGCCCAUGAUCGGCGCCGCGUUUGACAUGCCCGGUACCUUUUCGAUGGCUAUAAAACUCUGCAGUUGCCCGAGUUUCUAACAGCAAUUGCUCGAUCGUUCAGCUUGGAAUAUAUCUGGACCCCCUCGUUCUACUGGCGUAGAGAUUUUCGUGAGGAUAUUUGAAAGACAGAUCCCUCGACUCUACAACGACAUCACAUCAUCAUGUCUAACAAACCCAUCUUUGUGGCUACUCAUCCAAGAGCCUGCUCGACGGCCUUCGAGCGUGUGUUUAUGACCCGCCGGGACACGCUUCAAUGUGUUCACGAGCCGUUUGGUGAUGCCUACUAUUUCGGACCAGAGCGUCUCGCUGAGAGAUACGAGAGCGACGAGAAUGCGAGAAAAGAGAGCGGAUAUUCCGAGAGCACAUACAGGACCAUCUUCGAUCGGAUCGCAAGAGAAAAUUCAGAGGGAAAACGCGCUUUCAUAAAAGACAUGGCGCAAUACUGGAUCCCGCCGAACAACAAGCCCGCCACCGUCGCCCCCUCUCUAUCAAACUACAAGCGCGGCGUCGGAACCGACACGACAGCCCUCUCGCCCGUCCAAACCCGCGAAGACAACAACAAGAGCGGUCCACCAUACCCAUACAACACGCAAGGCGAGCCUAACAACCCCUCGGUCAUCCCCGCCGCCCUCCUCUCAACAUACCACUUCACCUUCCUCAUCCGCCACCCCAAAUUCAGCAUCCCGAGCUACUACCGCUGCACGAUCCCGCCGCUGGACAAGAUGACGGGGUUCUACAACUUCAGGCCCGAUGAGGCCGGGUACGAUGAGCUGAGGCGGUUCUUCGACUACUUGCGCAGCGAGGGCCAGGUUGGACCGAAGUUUGCGGGUCGCGAGCAGACUAAUGGUACGGAGAGUAAGGAGCAGGGCGUGGAGAUCUGCGUCGUCGAUGCAGAUGAUAUGCUGGACAACCCCGCGGGCAUCAUCGAGGCGUUCUGCAAGUCUACGGGUAUCGAGUAUGAUCCUAAGAUGCUGGUUUGGGACACGAAAGAGGACCAGGAGGCUGCGACUGAGGCGUUUGAGAAGUGGAGGGGCUUCCAUGAGGAUGCGCUUGAUAGCACUGAGUUGAGGGCCAGGACGCAUAAGAAAACCCCCAAGACCGAUGAGCAGCUGUUUGCCGAGUGGACGGAGAAAUUCGGCGAUGAGGGCGCAAAGGUGAUUCGCGAUACGGUUGCGGCGUGCGUGGACGAUUACGAGUAUUUGAAGCAGUUUGCCGUCAAGGUUUAGACUAGACUAGACAGGAGACUGAUGUGUUAUGAUGGGAUGGGAUGGGGGUUUGAAAUAUGGGUAUAUGAACCUCUUUUGUAGGUAUGGAAUAAACCAUC